ACCGCACCGUAGCGUUGGCGUCGUGCAACACCUUUCAUUGUAUUGACUAUUGACUGAUUCUGAACACAGAGAAUAAUGUAUAAACGUAAUUUAUCGUGUUAUUGUCUUAGUUCUUGUUAAAAUAUAUUGUAAUAUAUCUUAGUUUAAGUGGAAUAAUGUCUCCGUUUACGUGAAUGUGAAAGAAGACUGCCCGUCGAGUGCUACGCGGCCAUUUUACUUGCAAUGCGGCAACGGUGUACGAUCCGCCAUUGGAAACGGCUAGUGUCUUUUUCUGAGUGCAAGAUCUGUAUUGUCGUAUAACACGACGUAAUAACGAGAAAUAACCAUGUGUAAUGGAAGUGAAGUGCGGACUUUAGUGUAGUGGCAAGGUGGUCGGGUGAUUUGAAUGAUGUGCGAACGAUGGAAAACGAAGUGAAGCAGCGCAAUCAAAGAAAUAGGCGAAGGGAGCGGGCACAGCGCAUGCAAGCACAGCGAGAGAGCAAGGUGAAGGAUGGGGACAGCGGCGAGGACGAGUCGCCGGCUCGGGAGAAGCCGCCUCGUCCUCCGGCUCGCAGGAAACGCUCCAAGGAGCCGCUCGGUGAAGAGGACAUCAUCGAUGGGUUCGCCAUCAUGGCAUUCAAAACCUACGAAGACCUCGAGGCCGCUGUGAAAUGUGCUUCCUCACCACGCACCAACGCGCUGUCAACCAAACCUCCGCCGCGCAGUAUUCCCACCCAUACUGUCAGUUCGAUUACGCUGCUUCAAGACGCGGGCACGUCGGAUGACAGCGGGCGAGCCUCCGAGCGGCUCACGGGCAGCUCGGUGGCACCGCGAGAUCCCGACUCUUCCCGUGAUCGCCUUAGUGACGCCAGUAGCCGCUGUAGUUCCGGAAAAGGCUAUAUCUGUGAUAGUGAAGGCGACGACGACAAGGCGAGCCCAGAAAAUAGCAGAAACGCCUCCCCAAGAUAUCACGAUGCGUCUAUGGAAGACGUGAGUAAAUUGGAUGCCCCGGAUACUGGUGCUCUGUUCCGUGUGGCGGGGGCGGGCGCGGUGACGGGGGCGGGCGGCGGUGGCGGCAAGAACGAACUGGUGGCGCGCGGCGGCAGCGGCGGCGCGCUCGCGCUGUCUCGGGCGCCCGUGGGCGGCAGCGCCAGCCCCGCGCCCGCGCCGCUGCCGCAGCCCGCGCCUUCGCCCGCGCCCGCCGCGUUGCCGCCGCCCGCGCUGCCGCCACCCACCUUCCGCGCCGACACCCCGCACCGCAACACUGGCGCGCACAUCCCCGCGCUCGACGGUCACGCCGCCACGGCCACUGCCACCGCCACGCAGAUCCCCGCUCGGCCCGUGGGAGCCGCCGGGCCCGACACGCCCGAGCGGCCGGCCAGCAACAACAAGCUGCAGCCGGGUGCGCGUGCCGCCGCCGACAGCCCCACGCCCGCGCCGCCCGCUCCGCCGGCUCCCUCGCCGCUUUUCCCCCCGCAGACCGCCUACCAGGCGCACGCUCCCGCCGCCGCCCUGCCCGACUACCGACACACCAACCACGAGACGCGGACGGAGCCGGCCGAGCCACCGGCGGCGCCACUGGACCUGCACUCGUCGCGGCCGCCGCUGCUGACCGGCGCGGCGCCGCAGACGAGCGUAACGCGUGCUGCACCGCACCCGGCGCCGGCGGCCGCGCUGGCGGGGCCGGACGCCCGCAACCCGUCUCCGGCCGCUGCCGCGGCCGCGCACGCCUCCGUUCCUACCUCGUUCCCGUCGCGCGUCAAUGGCGCCCCCCCUGGUGCCGCGUCGCUGUCCGCGCCGCCCACCAACCCGACCUGUCUUCCGACUCAACCGCUGCCUGUCCCGCCGGCCUCGCCGGUAGCAUCUUCCCGCCCCUACCCCGCCCCCUCGAUCGGGUCUAGUCAUGUAAACUCGAGCAUCAAUUCCAGUAUUCACAAUCAUUCGAUACCCUAUCAAAGUCAAUCGAGUUUACAGAAACAUUCCGUUCAAUCGGUGUAUGCGAGCAGACCUUCUCAUCUUUCGCCCUUUAGUGUUUCUAAUCACAUUCUCUCGUCGAAUCAUAUCCAAGCUUCCACGGCGUGUCAACCGACCCCUACGCAUAUGAGUCACCCUCUCAACAGUCAUUCCAUAAUGAACCAUACGAACCAUUUACCAUUUCCACCUAAUAUUCCCCACUCGUUGGCGACGUCUCUGCCCAAUCACAUCGGUCUGCCGCCGCCCCUGUCAUCUACUGCUGCUAGUACAAUACCGAAUUACACGUCUAGUUUGAAACACCCCGGACUCAGUUUGCCGCCGCACUCUGCUUCCCUGAUGCCACCGAGUUCACUUCAUGCGCCACACAAUCACGUGGAUGCAUCGCCUACAUCGAGCGCUCCGGCAAUCGUCACACCUACGUCGAACAGUAGUCACCCGAGCAAUCACAUGUUAGCGCCGGCCGUGCCGGAGUCGAGGCCGCCGGUAGUGGACUCGCGACAGCCGGCGGUGUCAGCGAGCGAGCUGGCCAUGCGGUCGGAGAGCGCGGUGGUGACGUCACUGGCCUCCAACGGCUUCCCGCCGCCUGCCGUGUACUCGGGCGCUGCGUACCCGCCUCUGUACGCGCCCUACGCCACCACGCUGCAGCACAGCCCUUACCUACCAGCCGCUGCUGCUUCACCGAGGAAUACUACAGACGCUCGAACAAACCUAUCGUCAUCGCCGCUGGUGGCGCCGAAGACUCCCAAAGGCGUGCGUCCUCAUACACCCGGGUCGACAGGAGCGGCGGGCGCGCCUCACGCACCACAUUCGUUUUCACCUCGACAUAGUCCUAGCAGAGAACGUGAUGGUUUCAGUGCCCUGAGCGUGUCCCGCAGUUCGGCGGCGUCGGCCGUUAGUGCGGCAGUGUCUGCGCCCUCCGUGCCCGCGCCGCUCGCCGCUCCGCUCGCUGCCCCCCUUGCGGGUCCUCUACCAGCACCACUGGGCCCGCUGGUGCCCCUGUCAGCGGCGCUCGCUACUCCCACGCCGACGGCGGCCGCGCCCGCCGCGCCGCACCUCACGCACUCCCUCGCGCCCGUGCCUACCGUACCCAGUAUCAGCUCAAGUGCCAAGCCUCCUGCGCAUUGGGGCGUCACCAGGGCGACAGCGGCGGACCGGCCCGGCGGGUUCGCGCCGGCGCCGCCCUUGUUCGGCGCGCCGCCGCUCGCGCCGCCCAACCCCAACCCCUUCUCCGCAGAGUCACUCUUCCAAUCCAGUCCGGGCGCCGACCUACUGCGGCGCGAGCUGGACAACCGGUUCCUGGCGGCGGCGGGCGCGGCCGGCGCGGGCGGGCCGGGCGCGGCGGCGCGCACCGAGCUGCACCACCACCAGCACCAGCACACGCACGUGCACCAGCACCCGCACCACGCGCCGCCGCACCACCACCAGCUGCUCAUGCCGCAUGCGCCACUGUUCAAAGAUGUCGGCAAGAUGCCAUCGUUGUAUCGCACGGGCCUCGGUCUCGGGUACCCGUACUCAUCCAGUCUGUUGCAUCCUACUGCGCCUUACGUACCUCCCGCGCCGCUCUCCUCAUACGCACCUAAGCCCGUAGUGUCAGCUGCAAGCGACCCCGCCACUAAACCACCACCACGACCCACUGUUGCGAAAACGGGCAAAUGGAACGCAAUGCACGUGCGGAUUGCGUGGGAGAUCUACAACCACCAACAAAAGGAGAAGACUGGCGGCGCGGGCGCUGUGGGCGGCGUGGGCGUGGGCCUGGGCGGUGUGGGCGGCGUGGGCGCGCCCGACAAGGACAAGCUGCGCGCCUUCCCCGCGCCCGCGCCACCGCCGCCCUACCGCUCGCCCUACGACCUGCCGCCCGCGCCCUACCUGCCGCACCAUCCGCAUCUUGGUACAAUCGGAAUGUCGCCGUUCGCGAGAUACGGAGCGGGGCCAUUCCCCGGUGCGCCGACCGCUUUCGGGUUGUCGGCUUACGGUCGUGACCUAGCUCUGUCGUCGUCACUGCACGGCGUGCACCACCCGCCGCCGAUAGGGCUGCACGACUGGCGCGUGCGGCCGGCCGCGCCCGCCGCCGCCGUCGCCGCCGAGGCCUCGCGCCGCGAGCAUGAGGAGCGCGAGCGACAGCGCCGCGAGCGGGAAGAGCGCGAGCGGAGAGACCGGGAGGAGCGCGAGCGACGCAAGCAACGGGAGCGCGAAAUUGAACGGGCGCGAGCGCGCUCGCCGCUCAGGAACGGUGCCCCCGAACCGAUGAAGGACGAGCGUAAAGAACCUCCACGACCGCCUCCCGCCACUCUACCCGCAUAUCCGCCGCCUCCGUGGGACCCGUACCGCGCCGCCUUCGACCCGCUCCAGCAUAUGCGGUUCGCGCCGCUAGUGGAAGCCGCCAUCCGCGCGGAAGAAGACCGUGCCAAGAUGCUGAGUGCGUACGCGCACCACCACCAGCAACUGAAGGCGAGCCCACUGCUGCACCGGCCACUGCCACCGCACGCGCCGAUGCCACCGUUGGGCGCGCAUGCGCCGCUAGCGCCGCUGCCACCGCUCGCUCCGCCUCUUGCACCGCUCGCCCCCCUAGACCUGCUCAAGAAAGAGGAACCGCGAUGAUAGCGAUGCGGCGUUUCCGCCGCGAACCCGCGUGUACAUAACGUAGAGUAAACGACGUCGCAAGUGAGAGUACGACUAAUUUAAUGUAUAUCGUUUCGUAUUAUCGGUUUAGAAAAUUAUUUAUUAUUGUAACGUCGCUUGCAGACGACCGCCCGACUGCCGUGCGCCGCCCCGGCGGCGGUGGCGGCGGCGGGCGCAGGCGCGCUGCACAGUGCAAUAUAGGGGCGAGCGGAGCCUUGCGGCGCCGACUGUACACUACUGCUUGUUUAUUUACAUGAGAAUAUCUAUCGAGUUGUUAUCGUGACCAUUUAUUAGUUAAUUAUACAUCAAAUUGCUGAUUAAGUGAAGGAUAGGAUUAUCGGAAUCGCUAUCGAUAUAAUUAUACAUAUUUAUAUAUACUUAUAAAUAAAUGUAAAUAGUAGCAUGUAAACUAGUGUUAAAAUAUAGAAUCGGUUUAUUUAACGUCAUACAAAGGAAAAAAACCCAUAAAUUAUUAUUGUAUCGGGAGUCUAAUUUAAGCUUCCGUUAAAAAUCUCAUAAUGGUUUUUCAAUUGUACCAGUGGAGUUUAUUUAUUUAUUUAUACUCCUGUCAUUAGUGAUCAAUUAACAACAGUUUUUGUUACAUAGCAGUUGAUAUUUCGUUUUUGAUGCAUUUAAAAGUAUGUGAUAUUAUUGUACUGUGAAAUACAUUUUGUCUGACUUCAAAAGUAGCGUCUAUUCUCAGGUAAUAUAGAUCUAAUAAAUAUUAUUGCAGUAAUGUUCAAAGUUGUAUAAAAAAUCUAAAUGGUAACAUUAUUUUUAAAUUCUUGAACAUCAUAAGCAGUUGGAAGUAUUGUUAGCGAUCAUGUCAGGAAUCGUCUAUUAACUAGUUGAGUGCCAUUAAAUCAUACAAAGGACCUUGAGUCAGACAAAAUUGGAUAUUGUAGAAUUUGUCAAGGUAAGGCACAUUUGAUGUUUGUGUUCCAAAAAUCUCAAUGAAGUGCGACUCGGAAGUGUAAUAUAGUUUAUACAAAAUCAUCCUGUAUACUAAAAAGUAAAUGAAAGCUUGGUGCGAUUCAGAAAAUACCAUUAAAACUUUUGAUUUUUAUACCAAAA